GCUGACGAGCGUCGCUGCCUCUCACGAUGCCCUUUGCUGCCUCUUGAUAUGAUGCGGCUUAUUAAGUUCGGGUGAACCUAGGACUGCAGCCGCCGUUGUCGUUCAUCUUUGGCCGCGCUUGUCAGAGUCCAUCGAUAUUACACCGAUUGAUCUGCCGCUCGCCAUGAGUCGAAGAUGGUACGCCGCUCUAGCGCUGGCGCUAGCGACUCUCUCCCUUAUCACCGCCGAGUGCUACGGUAACGCCGUCCCAGUCAAGAGCGGACUUGACCGUCGAAUGUUAGGACCUUCAGGGGGAACUUCACUAUCGGCUGCUACAAUAACGUCUUCCGCGGGCUCUGCAACGGCCACGCCUAGAGUCGCCCGCAGCGGCCUUCGGCUUCGCCCUCGAACCAGAGCAGAACUUCAGGCCGCCUUGUCACGAUUGGAUGCUGUGAUUGGAGACUUCCCCCCACCCUCUACAAAUCGGCCUUCGGCGCCUUCUACUCGGCCGACCACACCGUACUCGCCUCUACGUCCGAGGCGCAAAGGCGUGGUGCAUUCCAUAGCUUGCAGCGUCAAACAGAAACUCAAAGCUAUGUUGACCCUCAAGUGUGCUCAAUCUGAUCAUGAAAUCAGCCGCAGUGAGGAGUUGAAUUGACAGACAGAGACAGACGCAGCCGUGGAGAGACGUGCUGAAUUCGACUCGGAGCGAUUUCAGAGCUGUCUGGAUCAGGAGCACAAAAC